ACUAUGAGAUAAUUCUAGCUUCUUGGUUCUCAAGAUAGGUGGCGUCCGGGCGGCAGGAUCUCUGGAGAUUUAGCUUUUAUUUUUAGCUGAACUAGGUCGAAAUUUCGUUAAAUUGGCUGGCAUUUUCAGGGCCUAUUAAUUCGUGCAUUUGCGAAGACAGCAGAAACUUUAGAAUUUCUGUAUUUGCAAAGUAGAAAAAUUUCAGAUUCCAUGUGGUAGUUUGUAGAGGUGUUAUCUUCGUGGAUUGAAUAAGUGCAUUGGUACUUGUACUUUUUCUUUGUUCGCAGACUUUGGAGUAAGCUAUCAGCAUGGCAGUGGAAUGUUCUGGAAUUGCCAAAGAUGUUACGGAAUUGAUUGGCAAAACCCCAGUAGUAUAUCUUAAUAAGAUUGUGGAUGGUUGUGUGGGCCGGAUUGCUGCCAAACUGGAAUUGAUGGAGCCAUGCUCUAGUGUUAAAGACAGGAUCGGUUAUAGUAUGAUUGCUGAUGCAGAGGAAAAAGGUCUUAUCACACCCGGAAAGAGUAUCCUCAUUGAACCAACAAGUGGUAAUACUGGCAUUGGAUUGGCCUUCAUGGCAGCAGCAAAAGGUUAUAGGCUUAUUAUUACAAUGCCUUCUUCAAUGAGUCUUGAAAGAAGAAUCAUUCUGAAAGCUUUUGGGGCUGAGGUAGUACUGACAGACCCUGGAAAGGGAAUGAAAGGUGCAGUUCAGAAAGCUGAAGAAAUAUUGGCUAAGACACCUGAUGCCUACAUGCUUCAACAGUUUGAAAACCCUGCCAAUCCCAAGAUACAUUACGAAACCACUGGCCCAGAGAUAUGGAAAGGCACUGGAGGGAAAAUUGAUGCACUUGUAUCAGGGAUAGGCACUGGUGGUACAAUAACAGGUGCUGGGAAAUUUCUUAAAGAACAAAAUCCCAACAUCAAGUUGUAUGGUGUUGAACCUGUUGAAAGUCCUGUGCUCUCUGGAGGAAAGCCUGGCCCGCACAAGAUUCAAGGUAUUGGUGCUGGUUUUAUACCUGGGGUGCUAGAAGUCAGUCUUCUAGAUGAAGUUGUUCAAAUAUCAAGCGAUGAAGCUAUUGAUACUGCAAAGCUUCUUGCACUGAAAGAAGGCCUAUUUGUGGGAAUUUCAUCUGGAGCUGCAGCAGCGGCUGCAAUUAAGAUAGCAAAAAGACCAGAAAAUGCUGGAAAGCUUAUUGUAGCGGUUUUUCCAAGCUUUGGUGAGAGAUACUUGUCCUCUGUGUUGUUUGAGUCCGUCAGACGGGAGGCAGAAAGCAUGACUUUUGAGCCAUAAAAGUUCCGUAUUUGAAGGCUUUGAAGGCAUGGGUUCUGAUCUUGGUGCAAGGCCAAUAAAAAUUCGUAAAAUAACCAUAGCCAAAGGCCCCAAAACUUUUGUGGUGUCAUAUUUUGAUUGCCUUUGGCAGUUUGAGUCUGCUUGAAUAUUGUUAGUUGUAAUCUUCUUUUCUUCUAAAUGCAACAAAAGGGAACGUGGCAUAAAAACAAAACAAAACAAAACAAAAUUGUGAUCCUUGAAUAUUA